AUGGAUCCAAACAACAAUCGCUUGCACUUGAACUUUGGCUUCAACGACAGGAACUACAAUGCGGCCAACAACCGUGUGUACCCCACAACACCCUCCACAUUCCCACAGCCAAUCUACCAGGGCCAGGACUACAUGGACCCUCACGGUGCCCAAGGAAACCCCUAUCCUCAGCAGCAGCAGCAGCAGCAGGGCUACUUUGUCGGCAAUGCCUAUCCUCAGCAGGCCCAUUAUCCUGUGCAGCAGCAACCGUACCCCCCGCAAAACCUCCAGUCGUCCCAGCCAGCCUACGGAGCCCGCCCACCUUACGGUGCCAACGACGGCACCAAUGGCUUGAUCCAGCAGUUCUCCAACCAGGAUCUGAGUGCUUCCCCAAGAGCCGGUCUAGCUCCGCGCUCUGGUUCUCCCGCUCAGCGGCCUCGCACUGCUGGCUCGACUGGGCCCCAACAACAAGCGCAGCAGGGAGGUCAUCUUGCCCCCAAUCGCACCUCGAAGCCCCCAGGCGAAGAAGAAGAACUCCAGAGAUACCCUGAAAGGUACUCGGAGAACGUCCACAAGCGAGGAAAAGCUGCCAAGGAGCUUAUCAAUGUCUUCUUCCAAGAAAAUAUUGAGCGCGCUCGCGAGCGCAACAUGCGAUCUGCCAACCUGGAUAAACUUAUGCACAGCAACAGCAUGCCUGAGCUAAAGAAGCGUUCCGAGGUCGAUGCUCUAGCCAAGAAAGAGGCCGAUUUCCUUCGCUUUCUUCGUACCAAGGAAACUCCAUCAAACUUCCAGACAAUCAAGAUCAUUGGAAAGGGUGCCUUUGGUGAAGUGAAAUUGGUACAACGCAAGAGCGACGGCAAGAUCUAUGCUCUCAAAUCGUUAAUCAAGACAGAAAUGUUCAAGAAAGACCAGCUUGCCCACGUCCGCGCUGAGCGUGAUAUUCUUGCAGACUCCAAGGAUAACCCUUGGUUGGUCAAGCUGCACGCCUCUUUCCAGGACAACGCUUAUCUAUACUUGCUGAUGGAGUUCUUACCGGGUGGUGAUCUUAUGACCAUGCUCAUCAAAUAUGAAAUCUUCUCAGAGGACAUUACACGUUUCUACAUGGCCGAGCUUGUCAUGGCUAUUGAAGCUGUACACAAACUAGGCUUUCUUCAUCGAGACAUCAAACCUGAUAACAUAUUGUUGGAUCGGGGUGGUCAUAUUAAGCUCACGGAUUUCGGUCUGUCUACCGGAGGCAAGAAACAGCACGACAAUGCCUACUAUCAAAACCUUCUCAAAAACUCGACAUCCAAAGACAAGAACCGGAAUUCUGGAUUCUUCUCCGAUGCCAUCAAUUUGACUGUGUCGAACCGUGGACAAAUCAACACCUGGCGUAAAUCCCGCCGCGCCAUGGCCUAUUCCACAGUCGGAACGCCCGAUUACAUUGCGCCGGAGAUCUUCAACGGCCAAGGUUAUACCUAUCUUUGUGAUUGGUGGUCCGUUGGAGCAAUUAUGUUCGAGUGUCUCGUGGGAUGGCCGCCUUUCUGCGCCGAGGAUACCACCGAUACCUACCGGAAAAUCGUGAACUGGCGGGAGUGCCUAUACUUCCCAGACGAGCUCGUACUCUCAAGAGAAUCAGAAGGCCUCAUCCGAAGUUUCCUGUGUGACCCGGAGCAUCGCGUUGGUAACGAUGGUGGACAGCAUGGUGGCGCUACGCAGAUCAAAACCCACCCAUUCUUCCGCGGCGUGGUUUGGGACCAAUUGCGUAAAAUCCGGGCACCUUUCGAACCCAGGCUCAGCUCCAACAUCGACGUCUCGUAUUUCCCCAUAGACGAAAUCCCACAGGAGGAUACGAGUGCGGCGCACCGAGCUCAAGUCCGCGCAAUGCCCGACGAGCAAGAAGCAGAAAUGAGUCUUCCUUUUAUCGGAUAUACAUACAAAGCAUUCAAUGCAUUCCAGGCCAAUUAA